AAAUAAUCCACUCACACAUACUACGAAUAGUUAAACUGAAAUAUCAAACUUCAUCUUCCUUUGACGCCCACCACCCCCUUCAUAUGUCCUGUUAUCUCCCGGUGUCAGUUCGUCCUAUCUUUAUUCUAACUUAUACACAGAAGGGUUGAGAUUGUUUUAAUCUCGAAACAUGAAGUCAACUCUAUCACUUUUCCAGGUCCUCGUGACUCUGGCCAUGGCCUCUCCGCAUGAACCGAGACAAGCCAUUGACACAUCGCUCGUCGAUUCUGCACCAAGCGUGACAUCAGUUUCUAUACCGAUCGGGCCGACUGCCGAUUCAACAACAUAUAACUUAAGCGAGGCUACAGAAUCUGCCACCGAGAGUCCUCUGCCCGUAGGAACUGAACCCGCCACACAACUAGAGCUUGUCGCACGUCAAACGGCAUGCCAGACCAACCCUGCUGGUGCAGGCCCUACACCAAAUCGUGAUACCGACAGUGCUUUUCUUGGGUUAAGGGCAUUUGCUAGAAUCGCGACCCAAGCACCUACACCAUCUGGGUAUAACGUAACCUUUGUUAAUAUACAUGCCAGGAGUGUAUCUUAUGGAUACCUAGGCUUUAUAACCGUGGACUCCUAUGACACGCAAACUUGCGCCGACCAAUGUGAUGAUGUCUGGCGUGGCUGCCAGGGUUUUAAUAUCUUCUUUGAAAGAGAUCCUUCUCUCGCGCCAGGCACUGGCUGCACGAAUCCUCCCUCGACUACCAACAUUAAAUGCAUUUUCUGGGGCGGUCUUGUCUCUGUCGAGACAGCUAUCAAUACUGGACAGUACGUGGCAGACUUCCACGUAGUUAUCGCAGGGUCGAAUGGAUAUAUGAAGAAUGCCGUCCCUACCGUCCCCGGGUACGAUGGCGAGCCUACCGGAAACGACACUAUUGAUGUACCGCCCGACGACAUGGAUCCCACUCCUACUACGACGACAACGACGACUGCAAGUACAUCUACCACAUCCAGUCCUACCAAUACAGCGCAAGGAGGCACCUAUAUUGGUUCAAGGAUCUUCACCAAUACUUUCUUCGACCCAGGCCUUUGUGCCGCCGCGUGCGAUGCUCAGAAUCGAAACAACCUUGCCAAUCCUCCCGAGACGGGCCAGCCGCAGAUAUGUCGUUUCUUCACGACCUAUCUACUCCUUAGGAAUGGCCGGCCUGCUGGCCAAUAUUGUGCCCUUUAUACUCGAUAUUACUCCAGAAGAUUCGCUACUAACGGCGGUGCACGAAUCGGUGGUGAUACUUUGUCUGUGCGCCACGCCUUUUCAUACAGGAAUAGAAGGGCAUUAUGAUUACCCUAUCCAAGGUGUUGCCCACAAGGCAUGAUUAAGAUAGGCAUCGGUGCUGAAUUCAAAAGUCGUCGUAUAGGUAGAGGCUUUUGGCGAGAACGCUUGAACGCUACAUUUACUAGGAUGGCUCGUGAUACUUUCGCUGUGGCUGGAUGUAACAAAUGUUUGAUCUUUUAUUUAGGUAUCAAUGGUCGCAAAUUUACAUGACUGCCAAUAAAUCCUGUCAAGUCUUUUUUUUAAAAAAAAGAAAAAAGAAAAAAAAGGGGCGCAGGCGAGCACCCCAGGUUCCUAACGCAUCAGCACAUCCCGUGACAAUGCC